GACCCCAGCUGUUUUGUGUACUGGAGCCUGAUCAUCAUGCGUGAAAUUGUACAUCUUCAAAUUGGACAAUGUGGCAACCAGAUCGGCUCAAAGUUUUGGGAAGUGAUCAGUGAAGAACAUGGGAUCAAUGAGGUCGGCCUCUACGAAGGAGACAGUAACCUCCAACUGGAGAGGGUCAAUGUCUACUUCAAUGAAGCAUACGGUGGUAAGUAUGUCCCCAGGGCCCUGCUUGUGGACCUGGAGCCUGGCACCAUGGACAGUGUAAGAGGAAGCCGCAUCGGGGCCCUUUUCAGACCAGACAACUUCAUACAUGGGAACUCAGGAGCCGGAAACAACUGGGCGAAGGGCCACUACACAGAGGGAGCAGAGCUGGUGGAGCAGGUGAUUGACAGAGUGAGGAAUGAAAGUGAAAGUUGUGAUUGCCUCCAGGGCUUCCAGCUGGUUCACUCACUGGGGGGCGGCACUGGCUCCGGCAUGGGAACCCUCCUCAUCAACAAGAUUCGUGAGGAGUACCCCGACCGCAUCAUGAACAGCUUCAGCAUCAUGCCAUCGCCGAAAGUCUCUGACACAGUGGUAGAGCCUUACAAUGCCACGCUGUCAGUCCACCAGCUCCUGGAAAACACAGACGAGACCUUCUGCAUUGACAACGAAGCCCUGUACGACAUCUGUUUCCGCACAUUAAAACUGACCACACCAACUUACGGGGAUCUCAACCACUUGGUCUCCAUGACCAUGAGCGGAGUCACAACUUCUCUGAGAUUCCCUGGACAGCUCAAUGCAGACUUGAGGAAGCUUGCCGUCAACAUGGUGCCUUUCCCUCGCCUCCACUUCUUCAUGCCAGGCUUCGCUCCUCUGACAGCACGCGGCAGCCAGCAGUACAGCGCCCUCACUGUGCCCGAGCUCACACAGCAGAUGUUUGAUGCCCGCAACAUGAUGACGGCGUGCGACCCAAGGCGGGGGCGCUACCUCACGGUUGCUGGUGUCUUCCGUGGUAAGAUGUCCACCAAAGAGGUAGACGAACAGAUGCUACUAAUGCAGCAGAAAAACAGCAACUACUUUGUGGACUGGAUCCCCCAUAAUGUCAAGGUUGCCGUGUGUGACAUCCCACCCCGAGGCCUCAGAAUGGCCUCCACGUUCAUUGGCAAUAACACUGCCAUUCAGGAGAUAUUCCGUCGAGUGGGCGAGCAGUUCUCCCUAAUGUUCAGACGGAAGGCUUUCCUCCAUUGGUACACAGGGGAGGGGAUGGAUGAAAUGGAGUUCACUGAGGCAGAGAGCAACCUCAACGACCUGGUGUCAGAGUACCAGCAGUACCAAGACGCCACCGUUGAUCUAGAUUGGGAACCAGAGGAUGAAGAAGAGGAGAGACCGUCAUCAUCAUCAGUGGCCAGACAAGUUCAAUCUCAGAUGGCGGUAAAAUUGGAAACAGUGACAGAAACGAUCCCAGAAGCUGUAGAUGAGUAGAAGACACAAGAGAGUACAGAGUGGCAUGUUGGUUCGACUCUUUGUGGCAUUGACGGAGAAAACAUAUGAGGCAUUGUUGGUCAGAAAAAGAACUCUUAAUUCGUAGUUAGUUAUUUUGUAGCCUAUAUUUGUUAAAAGGUACUGCAACAUAUUUCAAUAAUGCUUAUUGUCUACUUUGUAUUCUUCAUAUGACUUGUGUGCUUCUAUGUUUAUUUUGGAGAAAUUGAGUUUUUCUUACACAGUAAAUUUUUGAUAAUGAACUUUAUUGCAUGUAUAUAUAUAAAAUAGCGUUUUGCCAACUCAUUAUAACCCACAGCUUUGAAAAUGAAGUCGUGAUGUUAUCAUUUACACUGUUUGUAUAAGUGAUGACAGUAAUUAAAAACAGUAAAACCAAAGAGUGAUGAUUUUAAA